AUGGGUCGCGAACUCCAAAAGAAGAAGAACAAGUCUUCCAUUCCCAAGAAGCGCCAGAAUGGCCCGUCCAAGAAGAAGAUCCUACAGAACCCCAUCAUCGCAAAGCACUGGAACCAAAAAGAGACACUCUCCCAAAACUACCGCCGUCUCGGCCUCACAGCCCGCCUCAACCACGCAACAGGCGGCACAGAAAAAACCAUUGCCCUCCUUGGCCUCAACGACCCAAAAUCCUCGCGCCCAGACGCUUCUGCAUCAUCGACCGCCAAUGCUCUGAACAUCGUGUCCAAGGCCCCCGCCGCCGUCGUCACUGAAGAAGUCGAGGUGGAACGCGACCCCGAAACCGGCGCAAUCCUGCGCGUCGUGGAAAAAGAGCACAAAGCAAACCCUCUCAACGACCCGUUGAACGAAUUGGAAGACAGCGACGGUGAGGCGGAAGAAUGGAAUGGCUUCUCAAUGGUCCCCGAACACGCAGAAGAAGAGCCAGUGAACCCAGUCAUCAGGCAACUCGAAGAGGCAGCACGGAACGGCGCGAGGAAAGCGCCAAGAGGACAAAGCCAACGGGAGAUGGAAUGGUGUGAGGCAUUGGCGAAUAAAUAUGGCGAGGAUUAUGCCCGCAUGACACGGGAUAAGAAGUUGAACCCCAUGCAGCAGACGGAAGCAGACAUCAAGAAACGCGUAACCAAAUGGAGGAAGACGCAGGAAAAAGGAGGUGAGGUGAAGCCGUGGGUUGGCUGA